AUGAACGGUGAUACAUAUUACAUACAAGCUCCUACAGCAAUAAAAGCUCCUCUGUCAAAUAAUAAAUUCAAAAUCCUGGAAGCUUCAUAUCCAAUAACACCCAUUAGAGACUCGGAGCAUUUCAUGGUGUCUGCCUUUAUCGACCACAGACUGGAUGGGGUCAUUCGAGUCAUCAGUAUAAUCAACAGAAACCAUCUUCAGCCGCUUUACUGUGUUUACUGCAAUGCUGAACAAGUCUGCAAAACUGUUCACACUGAGGUCCAGAUACACAGCGACCAUUUUGGCUUCCCGUAUGGUGCCUCCGAUGUGAUUUGUAAAGGUAAACCCAUGACUGAUGCAACUCAUGUCCUCAUAACUGUCAAGAAAGAUUCAGCUGACCUCAAAAUUGAAUAUCUGCCAAUAAAAAAUAAGGCUUUACAAGAGACUUUCAAGUUUAACUUCACCGUUUGCAUUUCUAACCUUUUUGGCGACUACAACAAUGUACUGCAGUUUGCUCAAACGAUGGAGAUGUACAAGCUUCUGGGAGUACAGCAUGUGGUCAUCUAUAACACUAGUAGUGGACCAGACAUGGAAAAGCUCUUAAAACAUUAUGAAACGGAGGGGAUACUGGAGAUCGUUCCAUGGCCUAUCGACCAGUUUCUGAACCCUUCUUCAGGCUGGAACAUCAAGCUACACAAGGGAGACAUUCAGUAUUAUGGUCAGUUAGUAACACUCAAUGAGUGCAUUUACAGGCACAUGUACCAGUCAAAGUACGUUCUCCUGAAUGACAUUGAUGAAAUCAUCAUGCCUUACAAACAUGCCACUCUACAAUCUCUAAUGGAAGACCUCCAGUCUGCUCAUCCCAGUAUAGGAGUGUUCCUCAUAGAGAACCACAUAUUCCCUAAAACACAGUUUGAGGAGAGUGGGAAGUUCAAACGAGCAGAAUGGAAUAAUAUCCCAGGUGUCAAUAUAAUGGAGCACAUCUAUAGAGAACCAAGUCGAAAAAAUAUUUACAAUCCCACAAAGAUGAUUGUCAACCCAAGGAAGGUGCAGCAAACAUCAGUACACUCCCCUUUGAAACACUUUAGAGGCAGUGUUCUUGUACCGUUUAAUGUAUGUAGGAUUGUACACGUGAGAGUCCCACUGCAGGGGAGUCUUACCAAAGAGCAACUUGUUGUAGACAAAAGAGUCUGGGACUUUGAGCAAGAAUUGAUACACAACAUUGACCACACUUUGAAACUUUCUGGCUUCUUGAAGGCUUCUGUUUGA